AUGGAGACCGCCAAGAACGUCGUUAACUACGUCUCUGAGACCAUCCAGGGAACUGGUGCGGAGGCUUCUAAGGAGGCUAACAAGAGCGUCGCCAAGGACAGCGAUGCCAAGUUCACCACCCGCGCCAGCGCUGCCAAGGAUGCACUUGGCGACAAGACGGACGAGGUUGAACACAACACCAAGGCCGAUGUCCACAAGGAGGCUGCCAAGCACUAA